GACAGUUCUGUCAACAUGAACUUCUGCUGGCAAGAGGGAGACACAAGGAACCUCCAUAACCAGAGCUCCUGGCUGGUGUUUGGUAUGCUUUAUCCUGCAUAUUAUUCAUACAAAACUGUGAAGACAAAAAACGUGAAGGAGUAUGUUCGCUGGAUGAUGUACUGGAUUGUUUUUGCUCUGUACACUGUGAUUGAAACAAUAGCAGAUCAAACAGUUGCUUGGUUUCCCUUGUACUAUGAACUGAAGAUUGCUUUUGUCAUAUGGCUGCUCUCUCCCUAUACCAAAGGAGCAAGUUUAAUAUAUAGAAAAUUUCUUCAUCCACUUCUUUCUUCAAAGGAAAGGGAAAUUGAUGAUUAUAUUGUACAAGCAAAGGAACGAGGCUAUGAGACUAUGGUAAACUUUGGGCGACAAGGUUUAAACCUAGCAGCUACUGCUGCUGUCACUGCCGCAGUGAAGAGCCAAGGAGCAAUAACUGAACGUUUAAGAAGUUUCAGUAUGCACGACUUAACAGCUAUCCAAGGUGAUGAGCCUGUGGGACAAAGACCAUAUCAGCCUUUACCAGAAGCAAAAAAGAAAAGCAAGCCAGCCCCCAGUGAAUCAGCAGCUUAUGGAAUUCCACUGAAAGAUGGAGAUGAGAAAACAGAUGAAGAAGUGGAUGGGCCAAAUUCAGAUGAUGAGAUGUUAACACACAAAGGACUUCGCCGAUCACAAAGCAUGAAAUCUGUGAAAACCGUCAAAGGCCGCAAGGAGGUGCGGUAUGGUUCACUAAAAUAUAAGGUGAAGAAGAGACCACAGGUGUAUUUUUAGUCAUCUAAGUUCAAGUAUUCCAAGACAAAUAUACUAAUAAGCCAACUUCAUUUUCUAACAUGUUAUCUUCAGGAUUUACACAUUACAAUAAUUCCUUGCAUAGUGGCAAUGAUAAGAUUUAGUUUCAUUAAUUUAAAUAUUUUUAUUUCUUUAACAGUUACUUUUCAAUAUUGACUAAUAAAGGUAAUCACUCAAGGCUCAUUAACUUAUGUACCUAAAAUUAUAGGAAAUCACGUUACACAUACCCACAGUACACUUGAAGAGUCUCACUGUGGUUCAGGAUUUGUUAGCCUCUGUGGUGUUACAUCAAGUUUACCUAUAGCUGUAUUGCAUUUGGUCGUAGGAGAACAGUAACUAAAUUGUCUUCUGAUCAGCCAGUGACAU